UUGUCUUCUUUCCCCUGUUCAGGGUUUCCAGUUUCUAAACCUGAUGUCACCUUGCAGCUGGAACAAGAGGAAGAGCUGUUGUCCCCAGAUCUCCAGGGCUCAGAGGAAAGAGAAAUCCUGAGAGGCAUCUGCACAGCAGGUGCUAGACAGGGGAGUGAGACCGUGGAGCAGAAUCCUCAGCAGGAAGAUGAUGAGGAAGUGGAAUCACAUGGUGCAUUAUUGCAAAGAUGCAAAGGGAGUGUGUCCAGGAGUAGUGAUGAGGGAAAAGCCUGUGAUAGUCAGCACAUUCCGGAGAGGUGGCAGGGAAACCAGCCAACACAGAAAGUUGGUCAAUCUGUUUAUUAUCAGGGAACUCAUAACGGUCUCAAUGAAACCACGGCCCAGCAGAUAAUCCCCAGGGGAGAGAGAUAUAACACAUGUGUUGAGUGUGGGAAAAAGUUCAGUAGGUGCUCACACCUUAUUAGACAUCAGAGAAUCCACACAGGGGAGCGACCCUAUGAAUGCUGUGAGUGUGGGAAAACCUUUGCUCGGAUCUCAACCCUUAAUAAUCAUCAGAGGAUCCACACAGGGGAGAAACCCUAUGGAUGCUGUAAGUGUGGGAAAACCUUCACUGAGCGCUCAAACCUUAUUCAACAUCAGAGGAUCCACACGGGGGAGAAACCCUAUGAAUGUUGUGAGUGUGGGAAAACCUUCACGCUCAGCUCUCAUCUUAUUAGACAUCAGAGAAUCCACAAAGGAUUGAGACCCCAUGAAUGCUGUAAGUGCGGAAAAACCUUCACUGAGCGCUCAAAUCUUGUUCAACAUCAGAGGAUCCACGCAGGGGAGAAACCCUAUGAAUGUUGUGAGUGUGGGAAAACCUUCACACGCUGCUCAACCCUUAUUAAACAUCAGAGAAUCCACAGAGGGGAGCGGCCCUAUGAAUGCUGCCAGUGUGGGAAAACUUUCACUCGGCGCUCACACCUUAUUAGACAUCAAAGGAUCCACACAGGAGAGAGACCCUAUGAAUGCCCCAAGUGUGGGAGAUUCUUCCGUCAGAGCUCAGCCCUUCUUUGUCAUCAGAGAAUCUGCAAGGGAGUUAAAGACCAUAAAAACGUUGUCUAGGGCUAAGAAAAGAUUUUGUUUUCCAUUUGCUAAUUCCCACAUACUGAACUUUAAAGAAGCAUUUGUGUCACUGUGGUCUCUCAGCUCCUCC